AUGCAAAAGGCAGAUGAUUCAACCUGCAAAUUCCAAGGCAAAGUUAAAUUACCCGAAUUAUCUAAAGAUGGGGAUGUAAUUCUUGGAGGAAUUUUCAAUGUACAUUUGAACAGCUUUCACCAGAUUCAUUCAUUUACAGGUCAACCCGUGGAAACGACGUGCAGCAGUUUUGAUUUAGAGGUCUUUCGCCUUGUCCAGACCAUGAUUUUUGCAAUAGAAGAAAUUAACCAAAACCCUGUCCUCCUUCCGAACGUUACACUGGGCUACAAAAUUCAUGACAAUUGCGCUUCUUCUGCUCUUGCAACGAAGAUAGCCCUGUCGCUUGUCAAUGGGCCAAGAGAAAUGGAACCCAUUCAGACUUGUAGUCAACGUUACACGAAGAGCGUCGCUGCUUUCAUUGGUUGUACCAGAUCCUCGGAGUCUGUGGACAUUGCAAGAACUAUCGGGCCCUUUAGGAUACCCAUGGUUAGUUACUACUCCACUUGCGCAUGCCUCAGUAAAAGGCAAGAAUACCCUUCCUUUUUUAGAACAAUACCGAGCGAUCAAUAUCAGUCCAAAUUGCUAGCUCAGCUUGUUGAGACGUUCGGAUGGACUUGGAUUGGAACAAUAAGAAGCAGUGAUGAAUAUGGUAUAUUCGGCAUGCAAGCAUUUACGGAAACUGUCGAAAAGCUUGGAAUUUGCAUUGCUUUCUCUGAGUCUCUUCACAGAACUGAUGGCGGAGACAAGAUAAGACGAAUUGUAGAGGUGAUUAAAAAGGCAACCACGAAGGUUAUUGUGGCAUUUUCUUCGUCAUUAGAAAUGGAAAUAUUGGUUAAGGAAGUUGUACGCCAAAAUGUUACUGGCAUUCAGUGGAUAGGAAGUGAAGCGUGGGUUUUAUCAGACUUGCUCGCUCCAGAGGAAAGUGCUAUAUUUCUCCGCGGCACAAUAGGUCCUAUGGUUCGUAAGACACAAAUAAGAGGCCUGCGAGAUUUCCUUAUGGAUGUUCAUCCUUCCAUGUAUCCUGGUAACUUGUUAGUAAACGAGUUUUGGGAAACGCAGUUUGGGUGCAAACUCAUGUUAGAAAAUGGUACAGAUCAGUCUGAUACCACAUCUGUAUUCCCUCUGCACUGUACGGGGGAAGAAAACCUCAAUCAAACACAUAAUUCAUAUUCUGACUUAACUCUAGAUGGGAGUUCUUACAAUGUAUACAAAGCGGUAUAUGCCGUCGCCCACGCCCUUCAUAACAUGUUCUCAUGCAAAGACAAGGAAGGACCAUUUAAAAAUAACACCUGCGCUCACACCCUAGAUUUCAAACCGUGGCAGUUGCUUCAUUAUAUGCAUUCAGUACAAUUCACCACUAAGAGUCAGGAUAAAAUAUAUUUUGAUGAAAAUGGAGAUCCAGUUGCUUCAUAUGACUUGGUCAAUUGGCAAACUAAUGCUCAAGGACUUAAAGAGAUCACGACAAUUGGCUAUUAUGAUGGAUCUGCCCCUUCAGGAAAAGAACUGGUGCUGAAUAAAGAGGCUAUUAUAUGGAAUGAAGGCCAGAGAAAGGUCCCACGUGCUGUUUGUUCUGAAAGCUGUCCGGCGGGAACACGGAAAGUAUCCAGAAAAGGAGAACCAAUUUGCUGCUUUGACUGCACACCUUGUGCUGAAGGAGAGAUUAGUAACAAUACAGAUUCCAUAGAUUGCGUUAAGUGCUCCUUGGAAUAUUGGUCCAACCAGCAAAAGGAUCGGUGUGUCUCCAAAGGAAUCGAGUUCCUCUCCUUUGCCGACACCUUGGGGAUUGUGCUUGUGACAUUAGCGUUAGUUGGAGUCUGCACAACGGCUGCUGUAGCUGUUGUAUUCCUUCAAUACAAACACACCCCAAUUGUUAAGGCAAAUAAUUCCGAACUAAGUUUCCUUCUUCUUUUUGCCUUGGCACUUUGUUUUCUCUCUUCCCUUACGUUUAUUGGACAACCAUCAGUCUGGUCUUGUAUGUUGCGUCGUACAGCCUUCAGCAUUAGCUUUGUUUUGUGCAUUUCUUGUAUUUUGGGCAAAACCAUCAUUGUUGUUCUAGCAUUCAAAGCAACACUUCCCAGCAAUAACGUAAUGAAGUGGUUUGGUCACACACAACAACGGUUAAGCGUGUUAAUCCUCACAUCUAUUCAAUUUGCAAUCUGCGUUCUCUGGUUAACUAUAUUACCGCCGUUUCCACUGAAAAAUUCAACACACUAUAGGGAUGUUAUUAUUUUGGAGUGUGAUUCCGGGUCGAGAACAGCGUUUUAUUGUGUGUCGGGCUACAUUGCUAUCCUGUCUUGCAUCUGCUUUGUUCUUGCGUUUCUAGCCCGAAAAUUACCGGAUAAUUUCAAUGAGGCCAAGUUUAUAACUUUUAGUAUGCUAAUCUUCUGUGCUGUUUGGAUAACUUACAUUCCAGCGUCAGUCAGUUCCCCUGGAAAAUACAGUACAGCUGUAGAAGUGUUUGCAAUUCUAUCAUCGAGCUUUGGCUUACUUGUCUCUAUAUUUACACCCAAAUUUUACAUCAUCUUGCUGAAACCAGAAACCAACACAAAGAAACAUUUGAUGAGUAAAAACGCUGAAACAAAGAUAAAAUAA